CCCGGAUGGCCGUUUAGUCGGUGCCGAGACGCCGAGGCUCCCACAUCGGGCCCUGGAAAAAAAAAAAAAAAAAGGGGGGGGGGGGACCCGCCGUAAUCCGCAUCCAUCCUCCGCCUGACGCCCCCAUCCGCUCUCGGGAAGCCCGUAUCCGGAUAGAGCGGACCGAGCCCGAUCCGAAGAGACAGAGGCACGUUUCGCGAGGCGCCAGGAGGAACCAACGUACUCAAUGACCUUCCAGCGCGAUGUCAGAUCGUUUGGGGCAAACAGCAAAGGGGAAGGAUGGAAAAAAGUAUUCGUCGCUCAACCUGUUUGAUACGUACAAGGGAAAGUCCUUAGAGAUUCAGAAACCCACAGUAGCCCCUCGCCAUGGCUUGCAGAGUCUCGGGAAAGUUGCCAUUGCCCGGCGUAUGCCACCCCCUGCGAACCUGCCAAGCUUAAAAGCAGAGAACAAAGGCAAUGACCCCAACGUCUCACUAGUACCAAAAGACGGGACAGGAUGGGCAAGCAAGCAGGAACAGUCAGACCCAAAGAGUACCGAUGCCUCGACAGCUCAGCCGCCGGAAUCGCCGUCGCCGCCGGCUUCACAGACGUCUGCCUCAAACCCACCGAAACGACCCCCGACAGCACCCGAGAAUCCCCCUACAGUAGCAAGCGGGGUAAAGUCUUGGGCACAGGCCAGCGUUACCCAUGGAGCGCAAGGAGAUGGUGGAAAGGGAUCAAGCCUACUGUCGCGAUUCUCUCGCGAGGAAUUUCCGACCCUGCAGGCGGCUGGAGACCAGGACAAAGCUGGCAAAGAAAAGGACACUACCGAUGCGUCGUAUGGGCCCGGACCAAACCUCCGCCCCCAGAAUGCGACGAGCUGGCGGGAUGGAGGCGGGCGGGGCACUGACGGGGAGGUGCCCGAGCAGCACCCCGGAGCCCCCGACGGGCGGGCCGGGGUGGGCAUGCAGCCCUCCGCCCCGCCCCACUUCCCUCCCUACCGGGGCAUGAUGCCACCAUUCAUGUACCCCCCGUACCUCCCGUUCCCGCCUCCGUAUGGGCCGCAGGGACCUUACCGCUACCCCACCCCGGACGCACAGAGGUUCCCGCGGCUGGCUGGGCCCCGCCCCUCGCAGCCCCCCCAGCGCGCGGCGGAGCCGGUGAGCCGCCCGCCCGUGCUCCGGCAGGACGAUCUGAAGGAGUUCGACGAACUGGACCAGGAGAACGACGAAGGCUGGGCAGGCGCGCACGAGGAGGUGGAUUACACCGAGAAGCUGAAAUUCAGCGACGAAGAGGACGGCAAAGAGUCUGACGAGGAAGGGGCCGAGAAACACCAGGACAGCGAGGGGCCGGGCCCCGAGGGCAAGAAGGCCAGCAGCCCCAAGGAGGAGCUGCCCCCUGUCAAGGCGGCCUGGGCCGAGGGCUCCCGCCCCCCGGAGGGGGCCAAGGAACCGCCCGCCGCCCCCGCACCUCGCCCCCCGCCACCGCCACCCCCACCCCCCAACCGGGGCAACUGGGGGCAGCCCAACGACUUCCCAGCGCGCCCCCCGGCGCCGGAGGACGAGGACGAAGCGUGGCGCCAGCGGCGGAAGCAGUCCUCCUCGGAGAUCUCGGCGGCGGUGGAGCGGGCGCGCCGGCGGCGGGAGGAGGAGGAGCGCCGCAUGCAGGAGGAGCGCCGGGCUGCCUGCGCCGAGAAGCUCAAGCGCCUGGACGAGAAGUUUGGGGCCCCCGACAAGCGCCUCAAAGCUGAGCCCCCCAAGGAAGCGCCCGCCCCCCCGCCGCCGCCGCCCCCCGACCCGGCCGUCGCCAGCCCCCCAGCCGCUGCCGCCCCCCCGGCCCCUGCCCCCCCAGAGGAGACAAGAGACCAGGAGGAGCCAGCCCCGGUCAGCAAACCCCGCAGCAGCGGCAGCAGCACCAGCGGCAGCUUCGACGCCGGGCUAGGUAGGAGGCAUCUUGGGGGCCCUGGGUAAC